AUGGCUGAGGAUCAGCUGCUCAACUUCAGCGGUGACACUCCCGAUGACGUCAUCGUUUUGGGGGAGACUGAUCCGGAGCUGCUCCAGCUCAACGAUACCCUCGCCACGACCAUCAGCACCAUCCUCAACACUACCGUCUUGCCAACUUCAUCAUUCGGUCAGUUAUGAAAUAUAUAGUAGUUUAUGUUUUUUUUUUUCGCAACUCUUUUCUGUAAUUUCCAGAGGCGCCUAGCCAGAAUUUGAAUAGGUUUCGAUGCCGAAAGUCGUUUCCAGUUACUUUAUGCCAUGCAAAACUUUAAAAACGGCUUUAAAAGCCCAAAGAAGGGUAUUCGAAAACUGAAAAUAAUUGAAAUUUUCAACAAAAAAAACAUCAAGCUUGUCGCCAUGAACGCUUGAAAAAAAUCCCUUCUGUCAGUUUUUUUACUGAAAAAAAUCGUUUUUUUAUGCGUUUCUCAAUAUCAGACUUUCCCAGAAAAAUAUUUUUGAACUUACUAAGAAUUCCUUACAAAAAUAAGCAGCUUUUCAAUUUGUUCUGCAGUUUUCCAACGGACUUACCUCCAUUGUUUAUGGCGGUUAUGAUUUUUCUUACUCUUGGCAAAAGCGAAUCUUUUCGAAAGGUUUCGAACCCCGGUCAUAGGCACGGCGAGCAAGGACGCUAGCCAAAGUAUAACUUCUGAAAGUCUUCUUUACUUCCAGAACCCCUUCUGCCGUACACGCCGAACCCGUUCCGGAUAGGUUUUCUGGCCGUCAAAUGUCUGCUGAUCGUCCUUCUCUGCGCCAUCUCGUGCACCAUCCGACGGGACUUCCUCAAAUUCUUCGCCAUUUGCAUCCUCAUUCCUCUCUUCCUGGAAGCCGCUUUUGACGUCUUCACGGAGAUCCAAGCUGGCACUGGAAUCUUCGGCGUUCAGUCAGUUUCCGAAGGCAAGAUGUUCAAAAAAAGGUGCUUUUCCAGGAAAUUAGAAUGGGCCUAUCACAUGGUCGAGCAGCCGGUGAAUAGUACCAUUUCUGACUAUCCGAAGUGAGUCAGAGGGCUCGUUUCUUGAUUUAUUGGCUUUUUAGACACGCGAUCGACAUAUAUGGAGCCAUUCUGCAGCAGUACAGUACUUAUCAGCUCUACACGUUCGUUUUUUUUUUCCUUUCGUGCGGAAAAUUUUUUUUUUGAAAAGCGGACUUUUAAAACUUCUGUAACGAUAUCGUAUCGCUGUGAUCUCUUCAUUAUUAGACUAAAAUUUAAAAAUUUCAAACACUAUAUUGUAUUCGCUUUCACAUUUUUGAUCAGUAUUGCAAUCAGAAAUAUCAUUUUCCAGCGGAGACCCUCUGUUCGCCCUGGCCUCUUUCAUCAUCGCCGACUUUGUCUUCUGGAGUCUCCUUUUCAGUACUGUCGUUGCAUUUUACUAUGCUCACAAGUCGAUCGUGAGACCGGAAAGAAUCGUUUUUGAACCUUUCAUGUGAUUUUGCAAUAUUUUUCUUUUGAAACCUUUCAUUUUCCAGUUUAUCCUUCCUGAAGGCUCAAUUGAUCCCUGUUCUCUUCACAGCCGUCGACACUCUUCUGGCCCUUCAUCAGGUACUUGAAAACAGGAAAGAAUGAAAAAAGGUAUACAUGCAGGUACCUGGAUGGGUUUAUUCUGGAGCAAUGGUCGUGGUCCGACUUGGAGCUUGUCUUGUCGCCGUCGCCAUCGCCACUCAGCUUUUCGCCGUAAGAUACAGUUUUUUUAAAGAAUGAAAAACCGUUUCAAAUACAAAAAAAACUUUAAAAAUGUCAUUUCAGUCGCUCUUCUUGUUCUGUAGAAGCGUCGAUGAGCUCUCUGUUACUUCCCCAUAUGAACAGGUGAGUCUUUUUCCCAAAAAAUCAGAAAUCAAAUUGGCAAAAAUCAGUGAAGCUGAACGAAAGGAGCCAAUAAAUAUUGCUGAAAAUUUUAGAUUCGAAACGCAAAAAUGCGAUUAUUUUUGUUGCUGUUGUUCACGGUCGUCGUGCACCUGCUGUCUGCUCCUUACAUUGGUCAGUAUUUUGAAAAAUCCGACGAUAUGAUUUUUUUCACUCAAGAAAACCCUUACAAAGAUUUCUAGUUUUUGCCCUAAUUAGGAACGCUAAAGUGGUCAAUAUAGGGGAUAGGAAAAGAAGCCUCUAUAGGGGUAAAAUUUAGAUGAUCCCUAUAAGAGUUAGGAUCUAGAAAAUUUCAAUUUACACCGAAAAGACCUCCUUUUCAAAUGGCUACAUGAUAGGAUCGAGUUCAAUACUUUUCAGCCUGGGCUGGAAUUUCUUUGGUCCGCGACGUGAUGUGGCUCCUGUCUUUCGACACGACGUCGUUGCCGCUUCGAAUCGCCGCCGAAGCCUUCCCACUUCAUCUGACGCUUUUCCUGAUCCGUCCCUUGGUUUUCCUGGUCGCCAGUCUGUUCUUCCUGAAUCCUUUCCGACGACGAUUUGUUCGUCUUUUCUGCCCCUGUUGCCGUAGAAAAUGA